CCUACUAAUCAUUAUACUGAUUGAUUACGACAUAAUCAAUGUGGCGCCGAGAUUAGUGGAUGUAAAUCAUUGCCAGUCGGUAGCGAAUUCGCACGUGCUUGUUCGCCAAAAUCGGUGCUUUAUGCACGAUUAAGCGUAAUUCCCCGAAUUCUGAACACCGAAUCGGCAUUUCCCGCAUUCACGUAUCUCUUCAGGCAUGCUCGAGAAUCCAGCCAAGUAAACACAACUCAUUACAACGGCAUUACAACGACUUCCUAAGAGGAAUUUCAUCGGAAGCUAAGAUGACGGGAUCUGGAGAUCUUAAUGACGGAAAUCGGUGAACUCGAUCUCCCUCGUUAAACAAAAAAAAAAAGAAUCUAGUCCAUCAUUUCCCAAAGCGCGAGUAAAUUUCUGCGAAGUGGAUCUUUAAAAAUAAAUAGAGGCAGCAUGGCACGUCUGUUGAAUUACCUUCUCGUAAUCGUAUGCGUCGCAUACGAAGUGAUCGCGGAAAAAGAAUCAAACAUCCUCAAGCUGAGCAAACCGCAGAAAGUCGCCUCGAAUGAGACUAAAGCGACAAACGACUUUAACGUAACAGAAUACACAACCGAGAGGAAUGAAUCCGGAAAGCAGUCGUCUUUAAUUGCCUUCAGCAAGAAUAAUCCGGAGUUGGACUGGAAGAAUUACUUGAAGAUGUUCGACGGAAACGAAGAGGAGCACGAGGAUCUCGACGUCGAUUUUAUGAAGGAGAAACUUGAAAGAACGGCUAAUAGUAUACAGUGGCUCGCCGAUCUUUACGAUCCUCUCAGGUGGGCCAGAGUGCCCGGAAAACUUCAGGACGAAUGUCGACGGGACAUGGAAAAAUUUCUCAGUGCACUGAGGAAUGGAAAACUCUGGGCGGCGAAAAUGUCGGACGCAAGUGGCCGUUACUCCUCGCAAUUUCACUUUGGUAAUGGCUUCUGGCUGGGCUCGAUCACCCUCUGCAGGGAGCUCAAUAUCACCGACAGAAAAACUAUAAUGAGCGUCGAGGAGCAACCACCUUUUUCCCUAAGAUUUCAUGUCGCAAGAUUUUACCUAAAUCUCCCGACGGAGGUCGACUUUUCGACACGUCAAGUGUUUUUGGGUCUCUGCCUGCCGGGUACAUGCGAUCGCGCAUCCCUGACCUCGAUGCUAAGGGCCAGCGCUGAUAGAGUCGAACGCGAGGGCAAUUCGACCUAUCGAUCGAGCGGCCCGAAAAUUCGCGUUGUUACAGUGAAGCCCGUGCCAUCCAGCAAUUACUGCGCCUGGCAAGAUCCCAAAUUUUACGUCCUCUCGGCCAUCGGCAGCGCGAUAUUGAUGCUGAUGAUCUGCGCGGUCGUGUACGAAUACAGAUCGCUUCCCCUCGCGAGGGACAUCGAGUCUUCGAGCGUGUCGAAUAACAAUGACAAAACCAACGAUUUUAUCGACAAGAAUCUGAAUCUGAAUCAAGAGCGCAGGAUCUCGAUGGGACAGGAAAACGAUCAAGAGCUGAUCGAAAAGGGGAGGAAACAUCCGCAAAAAGAGAGCCCCGUUCAAAGAAAGGAUUGUAGCCAAGGAUUCUGGCUAAAAUUUUUACUCGCGUUCAGCCCCAUCGUCAACGGAAGUAGGAUCAUCAGCACCGAGCCUGCGGCCAAAGACAGUCUGACUUGUCUCCACGGACUUCGCGUGUUCUCCUUGGGAUGGGUUAUCAUGGUGCACACGUACAUUCAGGUCUUCUCGAUCGCUGAGAACAAGACAUUGCGAACGGUCACAGAAAGGAAUUUCAUGUUCCAGACCGUCAGCAACGCGACAUUUUCCGUGGACACUUUCUUCUUUAUUAGUGGAUUGUUGGUGACGAUACUUUUCUACCGAUCCUUGGGCAAUCUCAAUAUAGAGAAGGGCAACUUUUUGAAGACGAGCUUCACCAAAUUCGUUAUCAUGAUUUUAUACCGAUUUGUCAGAUUGACACCAGCUUAUCUGUUUGUGCUGGGGAUGAACGAGAUCGCUAUAAAACAAGCCCAGGCGAAGACAGUCUUUUCGCCCGUUAUUAUCGAUCACCUGACCUGCGAAAAGUUCUGGUGGCGAAACGCGCUAUAUUUGAACUCGCUAUAUCCGCGCACGGAAAUGUGCAUGAUGUGGAGCUGGUACAUGGCAAACGACACGCAGUUCUACGUCCUUGGGAUACUUCUUCUUUUGCUCUCGGUGAAAUAUUUCAAGACCGCGGUCGCUAUCGUUUCGCUGCUGAUCGUCUCUUCGUGGUUCACUACGUUCUCGAUAGCCUACAGCAAUGAUUACAUAGCCAGGAUCCAAGAGCCGUUUGCCCUAUUCGAUGAACUCUACGAUAAACCCUGGCUAAGAGCGGGCCCGUAUUUCAUCGGCACGAUUAGCGGUUACAUUCUCUUCAAAACCAAAUGCCAGCUGAAGCUACCUAUGGGAGCGGAAUUAAUCGGGUGGAUACUGUCCGCGGCCAUUAUGUUCUCGGUGGUGUAUGGACUAUACCCCGGAAAUUUGACGGUGAUGGUGAGCUCCGUAUAUGCUGCCUUAGGACACACCGCAUGGGCGAUGGCCGUGGCUUUUAUCGUGAUCCAAUGUUGCACAGGGUCAGCCCGAAUGAUCGACAGUUUGCUUUCGCUACGACUAAUGUAUCCUCUCUCGAGACUCACGUAUUGCGCUUACCUAGUGCAUCCUGUUAUCAUGAUGAUCACGACUACACAGAUGGACGGGCCGCUGCAUCUCCAUAAUGGGAUGGUGCUUAUCCUCUAUUUCGGCAAUUUAGUAGCCUCGUACUGCCUGUCGUUCUGCAUUUCUCUCGCUCUCGAAGCGCCAGUGGUAACUUUGUUGAAAAUUGCAUUUACCUCGAAGAAGAGGGCGAGAUAGAAUGCGAUCGUUCGCCUGAUAGAGGAAUAAAUGCGAUUUUCCAGCACAGUAAUGACAUUGCUCCAAAUCUGAAUCUCAAAGCAAAGAUGAAAAUCACCGAACACUUUUCCACGACGGAAAAGUUCAUCUUUAUUUGUGACCAUAGCGUUGUGACAUUUGACAAUUCUCGAUAAUAAUGUGAACAUUUGGUGAUAAUUUAUGUGAUACGAUAAGUCUUAACUCCCUGAUGUUGAGAUCUUUUUUUGCAAGACAUGCAAAAAUCUAAAUUCCUCACAAAUCAAUUUAUCACAAUUAUAAACGAAAGGUACGGGGAGAAACAAAACAUGAAAACGUUUAAUUAAUCAUUCCAGAAAUAAAAUAUCACAAAGUGAAGAUAUAUAAAAAAUUAAAACCAACUGACAUAAAUACAAAGUUUUGUCAGCUUUUGUCGAGUCAAAAAGUUUUGAAUUUCGGGGACAGUAUAUUUGUAAUAGUUCUCGCAGAGUUAACAGUUGAAAUGAGACCGAAUACACGUGAAUUAUAUAUCUUUUGAUUUUAACACGAUAAUAAUUACGUAUUAAACAACACCUGCUAGUGCAACAAUCCUAUAUUUACGUAAUGGAUAGAGGAAAACGUGUCCGAGAAAGCGUAAGCCGCCAACAAUACAAUAUAAAGUCACAUAGCGUGUUGCGAGACUUUUCUCGCGUCAUAUAAGCCGCGAAUCUAUCAUGUCGCGUGUGAAUGAGGGAAAAAUCUAGGAUGGAAGCCGUAAAUCUAUAUAAAACAGGGUAUAAACAACAAAAAGCGUUUAAGCAUGCAACACAUUGGGUAUAUUGUAAUAUGUGUAUCAAUCUUUGAUAUAGUUUUUUGUGUAGAAAAUAAAUAAGCGGGCUACGGCAAUGUGUGAAAAAAUGCAGUGUUUUCAUCGCGUAUUUGGCAGCUCAUUGUCAAACUGAUAUAAUAAAUUCAGUCAGCGUGUAAAGAAAUAGAAAAAAAGCAUGUGUGAUGCGUUUGUUCCAGAAUUUAUGCGUACCACGCGGAACCAUCGCCGACGGUUGAAUAACGAAAGAAAAAGCGAAAAAUACGUUGUACAGUACAAAAUAGAAAAAAAUAGAAAAAAUACAUUAC